GAGCACUCGGGCAUGGAACAAUUUUAUAUGGAUAAUUUUCAAACUUUGAAAGUUUCAUUACAAAAUCCCAAGCGUUUGUGAUAUUUUUGAAGAAUGCCUGCUGGAAGACACCGAGCGUCUGCUAACGCGCCAGACAAGGCAACAGUUUCGGUAAAUGAAAGAAUUUUGAAAGAGUGUCAUGAUCUGUACAUCGACAAUGAGAAAGGUGACUAAUAUAAUAUGAAGUAUUUUUGGCCGGCAUAUAAAUAUUUGGCUAUUUUUGGAAAUAUAUUGAUCAGUAUUGAGACAGAAGUCUGAAAUAUUGUACCUUUUGUGUAAUAUUAAUACUGAGUAAUCAAUGAUCGAUAUAGCAUAUAAUUUUUUUUUAAUAGUUCAUGAAAAUUUUAUUUUGUCGAAGGACCUGUUGUUAUUAAAAUGCACCAGUCAUUUCAAACCCCUGACCCCCCAAUAUCCGGGGCAUCCACUUUCUAUGUACAGUGUGUACAAGCUAAUGAAUUUCUUGGUCACUGGGGAAAAAUAGCAGCCGGAUAAAUUCCCCCUGGGGAUACCAACCAUGCAUUUUCAGGGGGGAGGGGAGCAGGCCUCAGAGUCCAGGUCGGCAAUCAGCAAAUGCAGACCUGACUAAUAUAUCCCUAGCCCCCUCCCAAACAGGGAUGGAACUAGCCCUAUUUUAUUGGCAGGGGUGUAACUGAAAAUUUACCAAGUCAUUUCAGCACAGCUGCAAGCAAUGCAACUAUAGGUGGUCUGGCAGGAAUCUAUAUACAAGAACUUAUGGUCAGGGUGCAAUUGACUCUGUAUCUCGGUUAAAGCACUGCACCGGAAGUGCAUGACCACUUGAGGUUCAAUUCCUGCCAGAGGGCCUCCUAUAGUUGCAUGGUUAGGUCUAAAAUUGUAUCUAAUAUUACAUUCAAAUUUUCCAUCUACAAAAUCCCCCAAAUCUCAUAAUAUAUGGAUGUACAACAUGCCUUUGCAAAAAGCUAAUUUUUUUAUUUUUUAGGCUUGGCAACAAUCGCAAAUGGACUGGACCUAUCACUUCUUGCUCCUCGAAAGAAAAUAAAUGUCCUACUUAUUGGUAAUCAUUCUGCCGGCAAGAGUUCAUUUGUUAACUGGUAAGGGAUGCCGGACGGACCAUUAUUUUUUUGGAGGGGGUGGCAAAUUCUUAAAAAAAUUGUUUGCAAAGACAAAAAAGUGAAAAUAAAUUGUUUGCACACAUAGAGAAAAGGAAAAAAAUAGUUUGCAAGCUAAUGAGAUUAUGCAACAUCAACCAAUGCAUAAUGAUUUUGUUUGAAAUGAAGUGCAAUAUCUUUUAUACCAAGAACAAUAUAGAAAAUCUGUAAAAAGUAUUUUGAAAUAUAUUGAAUUACUCUUGCAAAUUGGAGAAACUUAAUUUUUAUUGCUAAUAAUUUCCCGUUAAGGUAUGUUGAGGAACACGUGCAAAAAACAGGAGUAGCCAUUGAAACGCAGGGAUUUACAUUUGUCACAAGUGGACGGAAGCGAGAAUCACUCAUGGUAAGUUAUGUAAUAUUUGAAAUCCGACUACAAGGACUGUGUGCAUGGACUAGAUUUCAAGUCUGUGCAAUUUGAUCAAGUCUGAGACAAAGCCAAGGACUGGAUCAAAAUGUGAGGACUUGAAAACUAGUCCAGUUCGAAUUAAUAUUUCAUCUUUUUUAAACCGUUAUAGUUCCAUACUCUACCAACUGAGGUCAAGUCAGUCCUAGUAGCUCAGUUGGUAGAGCAUUGGACUUGCAAACCAAAGGUUGCUGGUUCGAUUCCCACCACGGUCAAGCAAACUUUUCAACUUGCCCGGUGUGGACACACUCAGAGACAACAUCACAAACAUAUAAUCAUGUUAUGUUAGGCCUAAGGAGGGCUAGGGAGGCCUAAGGAGGGCUAAAGAGGCAAGUUUAAACAGUUAAACAUCAAUAUUUUAUACAGGGUCAAGCUACGCUGCAUCUAUAUCCACAUUUUAAAGAGCUCAAGGACUUUUCUGGUAAGAGUCUGGCUAUAUAUACACAGUAUAUUUUUACAGUACCUCCGCUAGGAGGGUGUGUUAUUGAUUAAAUUUUGGUUCAAUGUGAAUGAAAAUUGGCUGUCGGUGUGAUUAUUCAUUAACUUAACUGUUUGUCAUAUUCUAGGUGUCGUUGAGUAUCUUUCUACUGAGAUUUCCACCUCAAAACAAAAGAAGUUUAGUUUAGUAACGUUCGUUGAUACCCCUGGUUUGGUUGAUGGUGACAUGAAGUAUCCAUUUGAUGUAGAUGAAACUAUAUUAUGGCUAGGUAGGGUAUGCAAGUCAUUUACAAGGUCAUUUAUGCACUGUAUUUAUUAAUAGCGAAGUUCAAAUAUGACGCACUACACACCUACUGUACAAAUCUCACAUCUUGUAGCAAGUCUGCCAACAAGUCGUCAACAAAAUGUGUUCGCACUGCCUGUCCCAAGUUGUCAACAAGUUUGGAACAAGCUGCUAUCACAACUUGUAACAACCUUGUUGAUACUGUAAGUUCUUCUAACAAGUCCAAUAUUAGUGUCUAGUCCUUCGGACUCAUGUUAUUUUGAUGCUCUUUGAAAAACUCACUCGUGCAUGUUUAUCCAAAUUGCACUCGAAACCAUUAUUACCAUUACCAUAUUACCAUAUUAUUAUUAUUAGAAUUGUUGCUGUUUUUAAAUAAAUAAAAUAAUAUUUUUUCAAUUUUUUCUAGGAAACCGAGCGGAUCUAAUAUUUGUCUUCUUUGAUCCAAUUGGUCAAGCACUAUGUAAAAGAACGUUAAAUAUUGUUGGUAAGUCCGAAACAAACUCAUAGCAAACUUGCUCAUCGGUAGCCAUCUUACAGUAAAUAACGCUAUAACCAACCCCAACUCAAGCAAAGUUGUUUUGUUUUCGUGGUAGAAAAAUUAAAUGAAAAACAGCCAGAUCGAAUCAGAUUUUACCUCAGCAAAGCAGACACGGCCGGCCAUGAGAGCGACAGACAGGUACUAGCUGUGACGAUGAAUGUGUUUUUUAAUUGGUUGUAUUCUCUGAGUGCCUCCUAGUUGAUUCUGAUUUACUUUUAGCGAGUGCUGAUGCAAAUAACACAGGAACUUUGCAAGAGACCAGGGUUAAACAAAGCUGGCUUUGACAUGCAAACAAUAUAUGUACCAAGUUUGACCGAUAAGGUAAUUAUUAUAGCCUUUCAAUUUUAUAAUUUUAUUUCAAUUCUCCUGCUUUGUCGGGAGUCAUGAGGUUUAGUUGGAUUUAUGAAAUAAAUGAUAUUAAGAACGAGCUGAGUGUUGUACUUUAGUGCCUAGCAGUAGAGUGCUCAGAGGUAGCCCGGCGAAUGGUAAUGAGAGGCAUUUGCAUAAAAAUAAGCAGAAACUCGACGUUUCGAGCGAAGGCCCUUCGUCAAAUCCUACCUUAUAAAAACCCAGUUCUCAUAUCCUACCUUAUAAAAACCCAGUUCUAGGGAAUCUUGUCAAAGAUUAGAUACUAUAUCUAAUCUUUGAUCUUGUCCUCAGUCGUGAAAAAACUGUUCCCUCCCACCUCACAAGGGGAGCAUGAUUCCCGCACCACCUGCUUGAGAACUUUUCUCCCGCAGAUCGGAGUCCCCAAUCACAGCUCUCUCAAUUAUAUUGCAGUAGUUUGCAUUCCCUGGGGUUGUCUAGGCAACACUAACCAGCUCGCCAUUUUAGUUAACGCUCCUCACGUGAGCCUGAGUCACGUCUUUCGUACAUCUCAGCAUAUCCUCGCUUCCGUAGGGGAGAAGGGAGCUAUGAGGUCACAACAACGUCUUUAUGUGUUUAGCCUGCAAAAUGUGCAAAUCAAAUCGAAGAAGUUUGCAAAGAAAUUGAGAAAACCAUAAACCAGACAAUUCAAAACACAUUGAACACUUUGGAAAAAGAUUGUCAGAAUAUAUCAACACUAAUUGAUAAAAAAUUAAAAGAAGAUGGGUAAGUCAUGAAACAACACGAAGUGUUACGUUUUGUUUUAUUUACUUCAUAAGCUGCAAUGCGUUAUUAUAAGAUCAGUGCCACUAAUGCGCCCUACUUUAGUGUUUUACUCUGUCUAACCCCCCCCCCCCUCCCACUCACCCGCUCUACAGCCAUGGGUAACAGUCAGGCUUUUAGCCAGGGUCCUAAAAGUGGGCGUCCAACUUUGGUUUUACGAUACAUCUAAAGUAAAGAGGGGGGGUUGUUAUUUUGGGAUAGUAAAUUAGUAAACAUUCAGUAACUCGGCGUGAUCCUAACCUUAACAUGAUUUCUAGUGAGAAUCGUUCGUACAAUCUUUGGGCACGCAUCAAGAGUUUUGUGUUCAUUUUGCUUGGCCUGGUUAUGCCGUUUGCGCUAAUCCUGAGUGUUCUAACAAAGCAAGGUGAAACACUACAGAGACUGAUUGGUGAAAACAUGCUUGAAACUCUUCAUAUUUAUACGGUAAGCAAUGACUCUACAGGCAAUUUAUGCGUCCCAAAUACGUCGGUUAAUACAAAUACUAUUAUAGGUGAAACGUGGCCAAAAAUUUCCAUCCUGAUCAAGUCAAAGACAAGUGGAUGAAGCGUUUAAGUGGAAAACUUCGUCCCAAUUGACUGAGAUCUCUCUUGCAUCUUUUAUUUAGACUCCUGUAGAGAAACUAUGGAGUUCAAUACCAGCACGUUAUUAUAACCAUUUCAUUAUUGCUAUUGUACUUUUCUCAUUUCUCCUGCUAACUUUGGCGAAAUUCACAGGAAGGUAAGCUCAUGUUUUGCCGAUUACGAAAUACUCCCACCUUUCGGGGGAGGAGGAAGAGUGUCAAGAGUUUAAGUUUUUAUUUUCAAGGUUGAAACCUACAUUAAGCCGUAAACAGCAGCGUGUUCUGUCUGAAAAGAAAAAUUUCGUUCAAACUGUUGUCCAUCCGAAGAGGGUAAGUAUUAUUUAUCACUUACUUACUCAUGAGACCGAGGGAAACAACGUGCUUUUCACAAAACACGCUGUUUUCUCUCACAAUAACAGUCAUACAAUAUUCUCAAAUUAUAUUAAUGACUUUUCUGUUUAGGAGAAGUUGUACAAAGAAUAUCUACAGCAAAGUGUCGCUGAACAUGAUUUAUAGACUUAUAAUUAUUACAAUACAUGCGCUACUGUAAUUCUAAAUUAAUUUAUGAUGAUUAUUGUAUUAAUUGUUUUUAACUUAUAAUAUUGAAUAGAUCGGAUAAAGUUUUGAUCAAGUCCUAGGACUGGAUGAAGUUUUGAUCAAGUCCUAGGACUGGAUAAAGUUUGAUCAAGUCCUAGGACUGGAUGAAGUUUUGAUCAAGUCCUAGGACUGGAUGAAGUUUUGAUCAAGUCCUAGGACUGGAUGAAGUUUUGAUCAAGUCCUAGGACUGGAUGAAGUUUGAUCAAGUCCUAGAACUGGGUGAAGUUUUAUCAAGUCCUAGAACUGGAUGGACUUUGAUUAAUUCCUAUGACUG